AUGGUUGGACUGAAGCCUUCAGAGGUGCCUCCCACAACGGCUGUGAAGUUCCUGGGGGCAGGCACAGCGGCCUGCUUUGCUGACCUCCUCACCUUUCCACUGGACACGGCCAAGGUCCGCCUGCAGAUCCAGGGGGAGAACCAGGCAGCCCGGAGCGCGCAGUACCGCGGGGUGCUGGGCACCAUCCUGACCAUGGUGCGCACCGAGGGCCCCUGCAGCCCCUACAAAGGGCUGGUCGCCGGCCUGCAGCGCCAGAUGAGCUUCGCCUCCGUCCGCAUCGGCCUCUACGACUCCGUCAAGCAGUUCUACACCCCCAAGGGAUCGGACCACUGCAGCAUCACUAUACGGAUUUUGGCGGGCUGCACCACCGGGGCCAUGGCAGUAACCUGUGCCCAGCCCACGGAUGUGGUGAAGAUCCGAUUUCAGGCCAGCGUGCACACUGGGCCCGGGAGCAAUAGGAAGUACAGCGGGACAAUGGAUGCCUACAGGACCAUCGCCAGGGAGGAAGGGGUUCGGGGCCUGUGGAAAGGAACUCUGCCCAACAUCACGAGGAACGCCAUCAUCAACUGUGCUGAGAUGGUGACCUACGACAUCAUCAAGGAGAAGCUGCUAGACUACCACCUGCUCACCGACAACUUCCCCUGCCACUUCGUCUCUGCCUUUGGAGCUGGCUUCUGUGCCACAGUGGUGGCCUCCCCAGUGGAUGUGGUGAAGACCCGGUAUAUGAACUCACCCCCAGGCCAGUACCGCAGCCCCUUCGACUGUAUGCUGAAGAUGGUGACCCAGGAGGGCCCCACAGCCUUCUAUAAGGGAUUUACACCCUCAUUUUUGCGUUUGGGAGCCUGGAAUGUGGUGAUGUUCGUCACCUACGAGCAACUGAAACGGGCCUUGAUGAAAGUCCAGAUGCUACGGGAAUCUCCAUUUUGA